UUUAUUUUUUUUAGGAAAUACCAUUUCCUGUGUUUUCAUUUGAUGAAUAUUUUUCAGAAUUAUUUUAUUCCGAAAAUGUUUCGUGAAAUAAAACUUGAUAGUUUUUUCUAUUAAAAAAAUAUUAAUUGUGUUAUACCUAUAGUAACUCUGAAGACAUGCUUGCUUUUAUUUGAGAAGAAUAGUGUUUGGCGGUAUAUUUCAAAAUCAUAUGAUAUUCGCACAACCAAUAGAAGUGCAGUAUAUAAUCGUGUAACCGUUGAAGAAGGGUUCAGAGAUCCAUAUUGCAAUAAAGUUCAUCAAGCUACAUAUUGCACUUUGGAGAAGAACGCGCAUGGCCAGAACAAGAGACAAUCUUAAAUAUUUCAUGCAUAACCCGAAGCGAGCGAAAUUCUAAAUAUACCAGAUUCAGAGCUAUUUCGAAUUAGAGUCUUGAAAAGCUGUAAAAAACAGAAGAAUUAUUUUAAGAUCUUUAUCAUGACGCACCAAGAAUUAGUCUUAGGAAUCGAUAUAGGAACAACUUCUGUAAAAGUAGUCGUGGUUUCAAAGAAAACGAAAGAAAUAGUUGCAAGACAGUCUAAAGAUACUCAAGCUAAUGUGCCUAGUGAUUUAGGAAUAGAAGGUAAUAAACAAGAUGUGCCAAAGAUUCUGUCUGCAGUUCAUAACUGUGUUUCUCGUCUUCCAAAGGAUCUUCUUCGACAGGUCAUAAGAAUCGGAGUUUGUGGACAAAUGCACGGAGUGACUUUUUGGAGAAAUAUAGAAAAAAGCAGAGAAGAAGGAAUCUUCAAAUUAGAGAUCAACAGGGACCAAGUUUCAAAUUUAUACACUUGGCAAGAUGGUCGCUGCGAUCCAGAAUUUUUGAAGUCUUUACCAAAAUCCAAAAGUCAUCUUGCAAUUCAUACAGGGUUUGGUUGUGCCACUCUUUUUUGGUUUUCUAGAAACAAACCCGAAAAAUUAAAUAAAUACGACAAAUGUGGAACUGUACAAGAUUUAGUAGUUAGUUUAUUGUGUGGGGAAAAUGAAGUGAAAAUGAGCACACAAAAUGCGGCAGGAUGGGGAUAUUUCAUGACCGAAGAAAAUCAAUGGGACAAAGAAGCAUUAAGCAAAGGAAACUUCCCUUUGAGACUAUUACCUUCGAAAAUUUUGAAACCCGGAGAAAAUGCAGGAAAAUUAACGAAAAGUUGGUUUGGAAUCCCAGAGGGCACAGCAAUAGGUGCGGCUUUAGGAGAUUUACAGAGUUCUGUCUACGCCUUGUUGAAAGAUUCUAAAGAUGCAGUUCUUAAUAUUUCAACAUCUGCUCAACUUGCCUAUAUUCAUCCCACAUUCAAGCCUAAAACAAAUUUAGAAUCGGGUAAAAUAGAGUACUUUCCCUAUUUUGAUGGAAAAUAUAUUGCGGUCGCAGCUUCAUUGAAUGGAGGAAACACAUUGGCAGCUUUUGUUAAAUCCCUUCAACAGUGGACGUUGGAAUUAGGAUUUUCAGUACCUCAAUCUAAAGUUUGGGAUAAAUUGAUAGCAUUAGGGAAAGAAGAUUCUGCAAUUAAUGAUAUGAAAAUAAUACCGACACUUCUUGGAGAACGAUUCGCACCAGAGCAAACUGCCAGUGUUAAUGGAAUAACUCUAGACACUUUAAAUUUAGGACAAAUUUUUCGUUCCCUUUGUUCCGGAAUUAUAAAAAAUCUUCACGACAUGAUGCCACAAGAAAUUCUAAAGCAAAUGGAAAUAUCUCGAAUUGUAGGAAACGGAUCGGGUUUGGUCCGUAAUAUCGUAUUGCAAAAAGAAGUUUCAAGGUGGUAUCAAUUACCAUUAGAAUUGGGUCAUUCCGGAGACGCAGCUCUAGGAGCUGCCCUUGCCACUUUAUAGUAUAGUAAAUCCUUUUAAAGAAGAACAUUUCUUUUUUAAACUCUAAAUUUUUAUUAGAUUUUUUGUAUUGUUAUUUUCUUGCCUUAGAAAAAAAUUAAAGAUUUUCAAAUAUCAUAGGGUCAAAAGAUUGACGUAUUCAAUGCAUGCUUUCAUCAACUACACCAUCCAAUCGUAGUAGCACAAAAUUAUUUACAAUUACACAAAUAAAAAAAUAUUAUAUAUAUUAAAAAACCUGUCCUUUAAUUUAAUUGCACGUAUUUAAAAAAUGUGCAAUGUGAUGUGUAUAAAAUGACGCAAUAAAACAUUCAACUUUUUCAAGACAA